UUUUAUACGUGCUGCACCACCUACAACUCCUAUUGUAGCUUCACAUCGGGUUUAUUAAGAUUUAUAUGUAAUCAUCAUGGAUGGAGACUAUGAGAAAAUUCCCGGGAGGAAAAAAGGCACCACAGUUUUGGUUGAUCUCCAUAACUGGGUUUAUUACCACAAGAAUGGCCAUGGUAGAUAUAGGUGUUAUUCUUAUGUAUUGGAAGGAUGCUCUGCAGGAAUUGUAGAGGACGACGAUGGUAUUUUUGUGCCUACGGGACCACCACACCACCAUGCCAACCAUAAACGCGAGAUUCACCACAUGAUGCUCGUUCAAGCUAUCAGAGUGAGGCUUCAUAAUGAGCCACGGUCGAUAAAGGAAAUCUAUGACGAAGAAGUGGAAAGAAUGAAUAUCAGAGAUGUUACAUUUGCCACCAUACGCUCUACCCUUCAACGCGAACGGCGUUCUCGGCAGCCACCUAAUCCGCUAUCUGUCAUCGAUGCCGAUAACUUAAUCAACGAAUUUCCCAUGUACAGCUUUUAA